AUGCAGUGCUUAAAACCCGCAUUAAUCCUGAGCUGUUUCUGGAUAUUGGCGAAUGCCCAGUCGUACAGCCUCAAGCAGAUUGGCGUCUGCUCCCAGAUCUUCCUCGAGGCAACUUCAGACCUCACCAGCAAGGCUAUGCCCAUUGUGAAGACCAUGUUCGAGUGCAUCAGCUUCAAGACUUCGGAAAAUUUGGCAGCACUCGAUACCAGAACAUUCAAGGAUGUGGCCUCCAGGUUUCUGGGAGAGCUCGUCCAGAAUCCCUCGUGCCUUCUCGAUUUGGCCACCUCGAUAAAAAAAAUCUUGGGACAGCAUUUCGUGCGACUGAAGACCUAUAGAUGCAUGUACCUGGGUGUGGCGCCGUCCUGUAUACCCAAAGAUUUAUAAACAACAAAUGAAAGAGCAGCCUGUACAUUACGUGUACAUUGGUGAAACUGUGAAGCAUAUAAAAAGUACUUAGGUUCAUAUAAAAGCAGCU